AGGGAAGUGCAGUUGCGCUGCAAGAAGUUUGUGCUCCCACUGAGGUCAGCGGUUCGGCUGUUCACGUGGCCUGGCGGUAUAAAGCAGGAUGAGGGAGCCAGGCUGCCCAGCGCCGAGCUUCCCUGUCCUGGGCGCAGAAAGGAAGGAGAGAAGCACGAGCAACAGAAAACAAAAGGAAGGGGAGGAGUGAAACGAAGUGGAGAAACAUGGAAACGUCCAAGACACACAGCUCUGAGAGCAUGUCCAGGGACCUGUCAGAACUGAUGAAGGAAGCUACGAAGGAGGUGCAUGAGCAGGCAGAGAACACACCAUUCAUGAUGAAUUUCCAGAAGGGGCAGGUGUCACUCCACGAGUUUAAGCUGGUUGCCACAUCCUUGUACUUCAUCUACUCUGCUCUGGAGGAAGAGAGUGAACGUAACAAGGACAACCCAGUUUAUGCCCCUGUGUAUUUUCCAGCGGAGCUGCACCGAAAAGCUGCCCUGGAGCAAGACUUGGAGUAUUUCUAUGGCAGGAACUGGAAGGAAGAGAUCACAUGUCCUGAGGCUACUCAAAAAUAUGUUGAGAGGCUCCACUACAUAGGCAAGAGCCACCCAGAGCUCCUGGUGGCCCAUGCCUACACGCGAUAUUUGGGAGACCUGUCUGGAGGGCAGGUGCUGAAGAAAAUUGCCCAAAAGGCCCUCCAGCUGCCCAGCACUGGAGAAGGGGUGGCUUUCUUCACCUUUGAUGGAGUCUCCAAUGCCACCAAGUUUAAGCAGCUCUAUCGCUCCCGCAUGAAUGCCCUUGAGAUGGAUCUUGCCACUAAGAAAAGAGUCUUGGAGGAGGCCAAGAAAGCAUUCCUGCUAAAUAUACAGGUAUUCGAAGCGCUGCAGGAGUUGGUGUCUAAGGGCCAAGAGAAUGGUCACCCUGUGCUGAAGGCAGAGCUUCGCACAAGAAAUAUUAAUAAAUCAUAUGAGCAUGGCUCAGCACCUGGGAAAGAAAGUGAGAGGAUAAACAGGAGACACACAGACAUGAUGCCUAUCACUCCCCUGGUGCGGUGGAUCCUGGCGCUCAGCUUCCUAGCCAUGACAGUUGCUGUGGGUCUAUUUGUCAUGUGAAAGAGCAGGACCUUCACCUUCUCUUUGUGCCUUCCCUCAUCCUGAACUAAUCGACCUUCCCCAUUCCUUGUGAGAGAAACUCCCUCUGACUGGUACUGUGAUCUUGGCUCUGCCACUAACAUUAGGAGAGUUUUCUCCCCAGAAAUCAAUGCUGUAAGGGAGUUCAGGCAAAGUCUCUCCUGUGCUUGGUGUGAGCUCUUCUCAGAGAUUAACUUUAUCACCAGGAACUAAGGGUAGAAAAGGCUAAAAACACUGCCCAAGAAUUGUCGUUGCUUUAGAGUGCCUGCCAAAAUCCUACAGGAUCAGAAAUGCAGCUUUGACAUCUAUCUUUC